GGAGAUUAUGGCAAAGAAUGUGAUUUGCAGAUUGUGGAGAGUUCUGCUAAAAUGGCUGAAAAAUCUGGAGUUACAUGCAGUGAUUCAUCCUCCACUUCUUCAACAAAUUAUGCACUGCCAAAAUCCAAGAAGAGAGAUGGGUCGGGUAGUGCAGAAUUCACUCUGAACUCCGGCGUUAAUUCCGGAGCUCUGGCAGGAACCCAGAAAUACCGCAGGAAAACCAAGUCGACAAACUCAACUGUGAUCUCCGGCCAAUCGAAGGAAAAGAAAGAGAAGCUUGGUGAAAGAAUCACAGCGUUGCAGCAACUUGUGUCACCCUUUGGCAAAACAGAUACAGCAUCAGUGCUUCAUGAAGCAAUGGGUUACAUAAGGUUUCUGCAAGAUCAGGAGGACAAAGAAAUGAAAGGGGAGAGUGAAACUGAAACAAGGAAUGAUCUAAGAAGCAAAGGGCUGUGUCUGGUUCCUGUUGAGUUAACCCUACAUGUUGCAGACUCCAAUGGAGCUGAUUUCUGGUUAUCUUCUAUGAUGAACAAUAAUGUUUUGUCAAACUAAAGACUCGCCUCUUCAGCUUUCUCUCUCUAAGUUGGACAUGGCCAAGGAUUUUGCUGAAAAUUUUGCCCUUUUGACAAUACAAGAAAACGAUGAAUUUUGGGUCGUUUGUGGAAAUGAAAAUCCAUUAUGUUCGCCAUUU